ACAAAUCACACGCAAGCAAGGCGAGUGUACCACUGAUUAUAGCAUAAGCGACACACUUGUAAACUAAAUCCGGGCCUCUCAUUCAGGCUGCCACGGGUGCCAUUUUUUUCAUGGCAUUUAAACUUCAUAGCCUUCCUGGGUAUUGCUCCAGACAAUGCGUUUUAAUCGCUCCUUUUAGGUAACAAGUGUAAUUGGUCUCACGUGGUCUGUGGACGACAGUGUUGUGCAUGAUACUGUAUUGACACAGCUACUCAAAAGCUGCGUGCUUAUUUGGUUGAUGCUUUUAAGUGCUAAAGCCCGCACAUUCCGUCAUUGUGACAUUCGCAAAUCUCCACAAACUUCCCGGAAGAGCCAUGAAGCGGGCGAAAUGGCGUCUAACACGGUUCUGAACAAGGCGUGCACUUCAGUGGAUGCUCUACUUUUUUUUGCGGGGGUCGGCUACCUGUGGAGGUUCCCCGCUUCUCCGGUUCUUCCCUACCCAGUUGGCACAUUGGGCGCAGCCCGGCACGGAGGCAGCAUGCUGCGAUUGGACGCGUGUGAGUUUGGGGGUCAGCUGCUGGAGCUGCUGUGGCUAACUAUGUGCUACAGAGGAUUCCUGAUGGACAAGCGGGACCUGCCUUUGGAGGAAGAGGAGGAGGAAGAUGACAGGAACCUCAACUACAACCCGCCAGCUCACAAGACAUUGCAGGAGAUUCGCGAACUGGACAAAGACGACGAGAGUCUGGUGAAAUACAAGCAGACCCUUCUGGGGACGCGACCCAUGAUGGCAGAUUUCUCAGGCCCAAACGUCCAAGUGACCAAAAUCACCCUGUUAUUUGACGAGCCCCCUGGAGCCAUCGCCAUCAACCUAACAGGAGACGUUCACAGCCCGAAGGAGAAGACAUUCACCCUGAAGGAAGGAGUCAAAUACAGGCUCAAAAUACACUUUAAGGUGAACAAAGAAAUUGUCGCUGGCUUGAAGUACCACCAUGUGAGUUUCAGAAAAGGAUUAAAGAUGGACAAGGUGUCCUACAUGAUGGGCAGUUACUGUCCUCGUGAGAAGGAACACGAAUUUGUGUUCCCGACUGAUGAGACGCCUCAAGGCUUGGUGUCGCGUGGCCUCUACCAAAUCGAGUCCCACUUCACCGACGACGACAAGAACACCUACUCGGCUUGGGACUGGAACCUCGAGAUCAAGAAGGACUUGGAUGACUAGAG